AUGGCGCCGUCAAAGAACUGGGACGACGAGGAGUCUGAGUCCACACCUCCAUCCUCGCCUCCCCUUAUCGCCGUGACUCGUCGCGGCAAGUUUGACGACGAGGAGGAAGACGAUGAUGUCCUCGACUCCUGGGACGCCGCCGAAGACUCGGAAGUAGAGCGUGAAAAAGCAAAAAAGGCCGCCGAGGCAAAAGCAAAAGCCGGUGCGGAAGCAAAGGCAAACCACAAGUCCAAGGCGCAGCGCGUCGAGGAACGCAUCAAGGAGAAGCAACGCCGGAAGAUGAUGGAGGAGGAGGACGAGUCGAGCGAGGAGGAAGACGAGGCCGAGCGCCGCGCCCGUAUGCGCCGGCAGGAGAAGGAGGCUGAUCUGAGCAACGCACUGGAUCUGUUUGGCGAUAUUGGCGUGCCGGCUGGUCGCUCGGCCGUGAAGCCCGUUGUCAUCAACAAUGACAAGGCGGACCCUACGUCUGCGAUUGACCUGUCGUCGCUGCCACUGUUCAACCCGACAUCCAAGGACCAGUUCACGAAGCUGCGCGAGACGCUGACACCUUUACUGUCCAACAACUACAAGAAAGCACAAUACGCCCUGUUCUUGCAGGAGUUUGUCAAGGGCAUUUCCAAGGAGCUGCCCAGCGACCAGAUCAAGAAGAUUGCAUCCGGACUGACGACGCUGAGCAACGAGAAGAUGCGCGAAGAAAAGGCCGCCGAGAAGGGCGGCAAGAAGACCAAGGCGGCAAAGACAAAGGCCAGCCUAGUCGCCACACGGGAUGUUUCCAGCAGGGCCGACACUGCAGCUUAUGAUGACGACUUUGGAGAUGACGACUUUAUGUGAUGAUUCCCCCCCCCCCCCCCCCC